AUGCUACCGUGGUGGAUAGUGCUAUCUCUCCUCAGAACUCAGUCCAAUGACGCACCAGUGGAUACAUGGGAUUAUACGGAUACAGAGGCGUGGGGUCACCGGUACCCCCUCUGCAGCGGACCUCUUCAGUCUCCGAUCGCGCUCAGAAAGGACGAGGCGUCCACAGCGGCUCCUCCGAGGGUAGUGGCCACAGCAGCAGCCGUCGAGUGGGAGGUCGAGGUGAGGAACACCGGCAGGACCAUCGUCAUGAACAUGACGUACGACCCGAGGAGUCGGGAGACACCUCGUCAGGCUCCUAUCCAGCUGGUGUCGCAACAAGAGCCGCUGUUUGGUACCUUCGACCUUGGCGAGGUACACUUCCACUUCGGGAACGUCUCUGGAAACCCGGGCUCCGUUCAUGCCAUCGGAGAUCGCUUCUUCGACGCUGAAGUUCACUUCGUCUUCUUCGACAACAGUUUCGAGAGCAACGAUCUGGCCGCGCGUGUGCCGGGAGGGUGUGUGGUCAUCGCCAUACCCCUAAACCGCGAGGGAAGGUACCAGCGGAGACAGCUGCCAUUCCCCACCCUAGGCCUCGAGCGUCGCAUCGAGGCGGUCUCCGCUAGAGGAGACUACUUCACCUACGACGUCAACCUCACCAACAUGAGGGAGAUGCUCAGCGUGGCGCUUAGACGCGUCUACAUGUACUCGGGAAGUCUCACGACUCCGCCGUGUAACCCAGUCGUGAUUUGGUUCGUGACGGCCAUUGAGACGUCUGUGAACGCCGUCUUCUUGGAUCGGUUGAUAACGGGGGUGUACAGGGACCGAGACAGAAGGGUGCUGAUGGGCAACAACUGGAGGCCGCUGAGGGAGAAGGGCAACCGCACCGUCUACACGGUACAGUCCAACUGA